AUCAAAAUUGUUGAUACAGAUAAUAAUCCAUCUUAUAUAACAUACAAUAAUAUAGCAAAUAUGUCCAGAGAAGACCCUCUUAAGGCUGAAAAGGAUUUUUCAGCCACCUUGGAUGAACAAUUCCCAAUCAUUGAAGCAUUGGACGAUUACAAGCAAGCCAUAGAAAAGUAUUUAGUCUUGGAAAAGCAAACCAGACAAUCAUCAGAUUUAGAAUCGUCUAAAAGAGUAUUGAUCAAGAUUGUUGAUACAUUGAGUCAACAUGAAGACUGGGAGUUUCUCAAUGAUUUGAUUUCCUUACUUUCCAAAAAACAUGGACAACUUAAAUCAUCAAUUCAAACUCUUAUUCAACAAGUGAUUUCCAAGUUUAACUUGUUAAAUGACGAUAAUAAGAAAGAUCUUGAUUGGAAAAUUAAACUUAUUGAAACCAUCCGUACUGUUUCUGAUAAAAAAAUCUUUGUUGAAGUUGAAAUGGCCACUGUUUCCAAGAUUUUGUCGGAAAUUUAUCUUAGUAAAUUCAACGAUUUGAACAAGGCUACCGAGAUCUUGUGUGAUUUACAAGUGGAAACAUAUUCUUUGAUGCCCUUCAGUGACAAAAUUGAAUACAUUUUGGAACAAAUUAGACUCACCUUACAAAAGGGUGACUACAAUCAAGCCAAGAUCUUGAGUCGUAAAAUCUUAUUGAAGACUUUAAAGAAUUUUGAAAAAGCUGAAUUAUAUAAAUCAAUGUUUUUAAAGUAUUUGAUUGAGAUUGACGUAUUUGAAAAGAAUUAUCUUUCCAUUGUCAAGAAUUCUUUACUUCUCAUUGAAUUGGAUGUCACCAAAAACGAUCAACGUUCAUACAUAGAACUCUUAACAUCCGUGGUGUAUUACAUUGUAUUGUCUCCAUUUGAUAAUUUACAAAAUGAUUUGAUUUACAAGAUUAAAUCAAACCCAAUUUUCAUCAAAAACAUUGAUAGUAAAGUUUUUAAAUUAUUGGAAAUUUUCACCACUAAUGAAUUAAUUAAUUCUUCAAACAUUGAAAACUUAUAUAAACAAGAUUACUUUGAUAAGGUUUCAAUUUUUAAAGAUAACAAGGUGAACUAUAAGAACUUACAAACAAGAAUCAUUGAACAUAACUUACGAAUCAUAAACAAAUAUUAUCAAUGCAUUAAGAUUGAAAGAUUGGCGUAUCUUUUACAAUUGUCAGUAAGUGAACUGGAAAUCCAUGUGUCUGAACUUGUGAACAAGGGGAUGAUUAGCGCCAAAAUUAAUAGACCUCAAGGAAUCAUUCAAUUUGAAAACUUUGAACAGAAUAAUAGUAGUAAUGGAUCCAAUCAAAAUGUCAAUGAGUUGUUGAACAGCUGGUGUUAUGACGUUGAUAAGUUAUUGGAAGAAAUCGAUGUAAUUGGUCAUUUGAUCAACAAGGAAGAAAUGAUGAUUGGAAUUAAGAGUAAAUAAGAUUAGAUGAAUAAAACAU